AUGUCUGACCGAAUUCCUGGUUUCGAAACUCCCAAGGACAUGGUCCACUGGGAAAUAAGAACCCUGGUGGGCGUGGACGCCAUGAAGGAGCUCGUGGACGAUAUCGACAAGAGAAAUCGUCUUCUUUCCAGACAAGGAGCGACUGUAUCAGAACAGCGCGAACACACGGUCAUCAUGGGCAACACAGGGACCGGAAAAACCACCACUGGGCAGCUCUUUGGCCAGUACAUGCGACUCACCAGCAUGGUCGGUUCCAAAACCUACAAAGAGGUGACGGGAUCGCAGCUCCUGCGCAUGGGGCACAAAAAGGUCGAGAGGCUGUUCCGCCCGCCUCCCGUCGACCCGGCAGCCCCGCGGCCCAGGCUCCUCGCCAUCAACAACAUGAGUCCCAAGCCGGACUUCGACACGCAGGACCCGGCCAACUUCACCCUCAAGAGGGGUUGCCUCCACAAAGGGGGCGUUCUGUUCGUUGACGACGCGGACCAGCUCGUGGGACGUCACGCUGGGAGGAGUGGACAACUCAUCCUCCACAUCCUCCAAGAAGCAAUGGACAUGCUUCUGGGCGAGUUGCUCAUCAUCUUUGCGGGCUGCGAAGAGAAGGUGAUGCCCCUUCUCGAGCAAAACCCAGGAUUGAGAGCUCGGAUUCCUCACGUCGUCCGCCUGGAAGAUUUCACCGACUUCCAGAUGCUCGGGAUGCUCCUCGACCUCAUCGACGAGAGGUUCCAGGGAAAGAUGGCGGCAGAGGCUAGGCUGGAUGGAGCAUACAUGCAUGCAGCUGUUAUGCAACUUGGCCGACAGCGAGGCCAGCCAGGAUUCAGCAAUGCGUAUGCCGUCCGGAACUUGUUGGACGAAAUGUGCACACGCCAGGCAAAGCGGCUCUGCGCCCUGCGGGGUCAGGCACGAGUCCCCCCUGGCAAGAGUCCCUUAUUCUAUCUCACGAGAGAUGAUAUCCUUGGACCCAAUUUGGGCAAUGCGAUGAUGCUCUGGUGA